AUGUGUGACGUCAAAUUCAAAGUGGGUGAACACAAGAAGUCCAUCGAGGCUCACGAACUGAUUCUGAGUUUACGUAGCCGCGUCUUUGAGGCGAUGUUGACUGGACCCAUGGCGGAGCAGGGCAGCAUUGUGAUCCCAGAAGUAGAUCCUGAUAUCUUUGAGAAGUUCUUGACGUUCCCGUACACCAAUGACGUCACCACGGAUGGUAGCAAUGUCAUUGGCUUGUUAUAUGUAUCGAAGAAGUAUGACGUCAGCACGCUAGAUGAGAAAUGUCUGACAUAUUUAGAGACGUCGAUCACAUCAAAUAAUGCGUGUUUUAUCUUGGAACAGGCUCAUAUCUACGAGGAAGAAGACCUCAAAGAAAAAGCUCUGAGCUGUAUUAGAAACAACGGGAACGCCUCUUUGAUGUCACGUAAUGUUGUUCACCUGUGUCGGGGCUGUUUGAGUGACGUCAUACAGUCGGACCAUCUGAUAGUGACGGAGGAGACGGUGUUUGAAUCUCUUCUGUCGUGGAGUGAGAGCGCGUGCAGGAGUCAGGGAAGGGAGGUAACUCCUCAGAACAGACGAGACGCUCUUGGAAAUGCCUUGCUGCACGUGCGGUAUCCAUUGCUAUCUCAAACAUAUUUUGUAGACAGUGUUUCGCCGACAGAACUGCUGACAGCGUUAGAAGAGAAUACGAUUAUGAAGCAUUUGAUGAAACCAGACAAAGAUGUGUCACCUUUCAACUCGAAACAGAGGAACAAGUCAGCCACUGCAUGCGACAGAAAACAAAGGAUUAUAACUCGUUUUGACAAGUCUUUGAGUCUUGGUUGGGGAUGCUCAGGACAUCCGAUGACGGAAUCAUGUUUUACACCAAUACAGAUGCAUCACUUACAGGAUUCCAGUUACACGGUGCGAAAGACAACACGUCACAGACGUAUCAUAUCAAACUAA